GCGUUAAAGAUCAGCGCGUUUCGGUGCGAGAGCGAUCGAUUUGGAGCCUGGGCGUUUGCCCGGAUCCGGAUCAGGGUCCAUGCGCCAAGUUGCCGCCUGAUGCGAGCUCGGCCCGGGAGCACUGAGCCCCCCUCCUGUCCUCCCUCUCUGUCUGAUCAUGGUGGCCGUGCUCCGCUCGCUGGUGGCUCUCAUGCUGCUGCUCGGGCAGGUGUGGCUGGGCGCCGCUGCUGGUCUUCUGCCCGACGUGGAGCGGCGCAAACACGCACCCGAGCACUCCGAGCGCUUCUUGCGAGACUUCGAGCUCCGGUUGCUCAAUAUGUUCGGACUGAAGCGCAAACCCACGCCGAGCAAAGGAGCCGUGGUGCCACAGUACAUGCUGGACCUCUACUAUAUGCACUCGGAGAACGGGGACCAGAAGAGCUCAAGGCGGCCAAGGAGCAUAAUGGGAAAACACGCGGAGCGCGCUGCCAGCCGUGCCAACACCAUCCGGAGUUUUCAUCAUGAGGAGUCUUUAGAGGCCCUUUCCAGCCUAAAAGGAAGGACCACACAACAGUUGUUUUUCAACCUCAGCUCAGUGCCAGCGGAAGAGCUCAUGACAGCCGCAGAGCUGCGUAUCUUCAGAGACCAGGUGUUCAGUGACUUUACUCAGAACAGCACCAGCAGUGCUGGCAACAUUCACCGCAUAAACAUUUUUGAGGUCUUCAGGCCAGCUAAUUCCUUAUCAGAAGAGCCUCUCACCAGGCUUUUGGACACCCGUUUGGUGCAGGACUCUCAUUCACGUUGGGAGAGCUUUGACGUGAGCUCAGCAGCAAUGCGCUGGGCCACCCAGCCACAUCACAAUCAUGGCAUCAUGGUGGAAAUUCUGCAUCCAGACAAUGCCAGCCAGAGUGAGGAACUUGACACAAGCAGAAGGAGGCAUGUAAGGGUGAGCCGGUCACUGCAUGCUGACGAUAAGUCAUGGGUUCAGGCUCAGCCACUGCUGGUUACGUACAGCCAUGACGGACAGGGCAGUGCUCCAUUCCACAGAGAAAAGCGCCAGGUGCGGCGUGCACCAAAACAACGGCGCAAACAGCAGCGUUCAAACUGCAGACGGCAUCCGCUCUAUGUAGACUUUAGUGAUGUUGGCUGGAACGUGUGGAUCGUAGCUCCGCCAGGCUAUCAUGCUUUUUACUGCCAUGGCGAGUGCCCGUUUCCAUUGUCAGACCACCUGAACUCUACCAACCAUGCAAUCGUACAGACUCUGGUAAACUCUGUGAAUUCUAAUGUGCCAAAGGCAUGCUGUGUGCCAACCGAGCUCAGUCCAAUCUCUCUCCUCUACCUGGACGAAUAUGAAAAGGUAGUGUUAAAGAACUACCAAGACAUGGUGGUGGAGGGAUGUGGCUGCCGAUGAGAGCUGAGCUUGAAUGAAGACUUUUCUUAUUUAUAUGAAAGAACCUUCGAAAUGAGCUAUUUUUGAAGAAAUAACUAUAUAUAAAUAUUUAUGUUUACUGAAAAUGGGAAAUAAAAUAUUUUAAUGAGUUUUUUGCCUUUUCAUGGGCUUUGAA